CAUAAAACAGUUUCAGUUUGGGCAGCAUCCAGUGCCCUGCUGGCAGUCGGCAGGGAGGUGGAGGUGAGACCUUCCUCAAGGGGACAGGAGACGGAGAGGCAAGAAGACUGUGUCCAUAAGAGAAGGCGACAGGGAGUGAAGUUUCAGAUAGAAAGAGGAGACAGGCCAUAGAACUCCUUGUAAUCCAGCAGGAUGGCUCUCCUCUUCAUCUGCCUCUUUGCUCUCCUUCCAGUGGUCUCCAUGAAGAGUCCCAUCGUCGGCCCCAGUAAGGUUAGCAGUGUCCCGGGUGGGACCGUCUCCAUCAAAUGCUUCUAUCCUCCCACUUCUGUCAACCGGCACGACCGGAAGUACUGGUGCAAGCUGGAAGCCCGGGGCCAGUGCAUCACCCUCAUCUCGUCAGGGGGUUUUGUCACCAAGGACUACGCCGGCCGGGCCAACCUCACCAACUUUCCAGAGCAAAACAUGAUGGUGGUGGAUGUCACCCAGCUGGGAGAGAAAGACACUGGAGUCUACAGGUGUGGCGUGGGGGUCAAUAACCGGGGCCUGUACUUCAACGUCAGCCUGAACGUAAGACAAGGCCCCCUGCCCUCAGAAGAUCCCCAAGUCUAUGUCGCCGAGCAAGGUGGCACCGUGAACUUCACCUGCCCCUUCCAGGACAGUAGCCUCCGGAAAUAUAUUUGCAAGCUGGAGGAUACAAGCUGCGUCAACAUCAUCGAUUCCAACGGGAAUGUGAAUCCAGAGUUCCAAGGUAGGGUCUCCCUGAUCAUCCAUGACACCUCAAGGAAGAACUUCACCGUCUCCCUCAACCACAUCCAGCAGGAAGACAUGGGGAAUUACAUCUGCGGCACGGGAGUCUAUGGUGGCGAAGGGGAUAGGAGCAACUUAGUCCUGGAGCUGCUGGAGCCAGAGAGCGAGCUGGUCUACUCGGAGCUGGGGGGCUCGGUCACCCUGCAGUGUGCCCUGGGCCAGCAGUACGCGGCCGUACCCAAAUACGUGUGCAAGAAAGAGGGGGAAAACUGUGUGACUGUAGUCAACACCAAGGGGAACUGGGCCAAGGCCUUUGAAGGGAGGGUGCUGCUGGCCAACCAGGAGCCCCCCGGCUCCUUCAGCGUCUCCAUCACGCGGCUACGGAAGACGGACGCCGGACUGUACCUGUGUGGGGCCAAUCGGGACGGAGCUUAUGGGGGUGAAGGGCCCCUCCAAGCCAAGGAGCUCCAUGUCUCUGAAGAGGUGACUCUGCCCCAGGGCCCCUUGGCGGUCAAGGGUGUGAACGGAGGCUCUGUAGCCGUGCAGUGUCCCUACGACCCCAAGGAGAACAAAACGUUGAAGUACUGGUGCCGGUGGAAGGGCAACAGUCAUUGCCCCAACCUGGUGGACAGCGCCGGCGUGGUGAGUGAGGAUUACAAGGGCCGGAUCGCGUUGUUCGACCAACCGGACAAAGGCAUCUUCACCGUGGUCCUCAACAGGCUCACCCCCAGAGACGUCGGCCACUACUGGUGCCUCACCACCGGGGAGCGGGAAAGGAAGUCCACCGUGGUGCUCAACGUCACUCAGGGAGAGCCCAGCUUGAAGGCCCCGCAGGAAGCCAGUGGACAGCUGAAGCGCUCACUCAGCAUAUCGUGCCACUUCCCCUGCAAGUACUCCUCGUACGAGAAAUUCUGGUGCAAGUGGAGUCCCAAGGGCUGCCAGCCCCUCCCUAGCCAGGAGCAGGGCCCCAGCGAUGCCUUCAUGGACUGCAACGAGAAGAGUCGCAUCGUCUCCCUGAACCUGAACUCGCUCCAGGUGUCGGAUGAAGGGUGGUACUGGUGCGGCGUCAAGAAGGCCGGCCUCUACGGAGAAACCGCCAUCGUUUACCUCAGAGUGGAGGAGGACAGCUCGGCUCAGGGAGUCACGAAGGAAUCCAACGAACCUGCCCAGCCUGCUGUCGUCCGGCCGGAAAACAAAGCCUCCGGGGUUGGUCAGGAGAAGAGCGGAGCCGAUCUGUCCAGUGCUGAAGUCUCUGGCCAAGGUUCCCAUGUGCUGGUCUCCACUCUGGUUCCUGUGGCUUUUGUGCUCGUGAUCGGGGCCGUCGUUCUGCUGGUAAUCAGGGCUCGGCUCCGGAAGAACUCAGACCGAGUUUCAGUCGGAAGCUACAGGACUGACAUUAGCAUGUCAGACUUUGAGAAUUCCCGUGACUUUGGGACCAAGGACAACAUGGCCUCCUCACCCACCGCCCUGGAGACCCAGCUCGGAGAAGAGGAAUUUAUCCCCUCCAAGGAGGACCCUGAGAUGGUGGAGGAGCCAAAGGCAGCCAAGAGGUCAUCCAAGGAGGAAGCGGACAUGGCUUACACUGCAUUCCUGCUGCAAGCUAACCACAUUGUUUCUGGCAUUCCCUCGGACAACCCUCCUGAAGUUUAGUCGACUUCAGCCAUCUGCUUUUUUUUUUUAUCAGCUCAUCAGCUCUUCCCCUCUCCAGCCCACCCCACCUAACAAUCAGUUACACAAUCAGCAUGCUCCUCUCCAUCCCUAUGGCUUUGCUCUCCCCCACGUUUUCCAGCUAUUUCCCUAUUUCCCGAGAGUCUGUAUGCUAUGAGUUCAGAAUUCACCCCUGGACACCCUCCACCUGGCAUUACACCAAAGUUGUAAGGAGAAAGCCAAACCCGCAGAUCUGUUUGCCAACAACAGGGUCCUCAGGGUCCAGAGAAAAGGAGGAAACAACAUCGGAAAGGACCCCUCUGUUUUCCAAGUGACCGGGGGGGAACCUGCUGAGGAGGAAGGUGGGAGAUCAAACUCUUCACCCCAACCCUCAUUCAUUCUGCCAGCUCGGUGGUUCACCGGGGGGA